AUGUGUGGCGCCGGCAUCAGCGUAUCUGCCGGCAUCCCCGAUUUUCGGACACCCGGGACGGGGCUGUACCAUCGCCUGGCAGAGUACGACCUGCCCUACCCCCAGGCCAUCUUUGAGAUCGACUUCUUCAGGCGCAACCCCAUGCCGUUCUACACCCUCGCCAGGGAGCUGUACCCGGGCACCUUCCACCCCACCCCCACCCACCACUUCCUCAAGCUGCUGGCGGAGCGGGGCCUCCUGCUGCGCUGCUACACCCAGAACAUCGACUCGCUGGAGGUGGCGGCCGGCCUGCCCCCGGACCUGGUCAUCCCCGCCCACGGCAACUUUGACUCCGCCAGCUGCGUCGCGUGCGGACGCUCCUACGACCCCGCCUACGUCCGCGAGGCACUGUUUGGCCAGGCGGACGGCAGCGUGGCCAUUCCUCGCUGCUCUUCCAAGGGGUGCAAGGGCCUCGUGAAGCCCGACAUCGUCAUGUUUGGGGAGGGCCUGCCGGCGCGGUUCUGGUCCUCGCUGGCCGACGACUUUGCGGCGGCCGACCUGCUCAUCGUCAUGGGCACCAGCCUGGUGGUCCAGCCAUUUGCCUCCCUCAUCGACCGCGUGGGGGAGGGCGUGCCGCGCCUGCUCAUCAACCGCGAGCUGGUGGGCGAGGGCGAUGCCGCGCUGCGCGCCGUGGGCUGGCGCAAGGGCUUCGAGUUCCCGCCGCGGCCGGCCGCCUGGCGCGACGUGGCGCAGCUCGGCGACUGUGAUGCCGGAACCAUGGGCACUGGUCCGCGGGACUUUCGCUUCAGCAUCGAUCGGGGAGGGACGUUCACCGAUGUGUUUGCAGAGUUUGUGGAUGCGGAGGGGAACCCCGGCCAGCGCGUGUUGAAGCUGCUGUCGGAGGACCCAGCAAACUAUCCGGAUGCCCCGAGGGAGGGCAUUCGCCGCAUCCUGGAGGCAGAGACGGGCAUUCCCCACCCGAGGUCCAGCCCCGUGGAUACCUCCAGGAUAACCUCCAUCCGCAUGGGCACGACGGUGGCCACCAAUGCGUUGCUGGAGCGCAAGGGUGAGCGCACAGCCCUGGUGGUCACCCGCGGGUUCCGAGACCUGCUCCAUAUCGGAAACCAGUCCCGGCCCGAGAUCUUCGACCUGGAGAUCUCGGCCCCAGACGUCCUCUACGAGACGGCGGUGGAGUGCGAUGAGCAGGUGGUCCUGCCCCUGGGAGACACACCCAGCAUCCGCGCGGGGAGGGACCCCGUGGGCGACGCCGCGCGGCAUCCCCUGGAGGGCAGAGCGGCUGUCGCGACCACGGGCGAGGCGGUGGUCGUGCGCCGGGCCCCCGACCUGGAGGACCUCCGCACGCGCCUGCUGGAGGUCAGGGAGUCCGGCAUCGCCAGCCUUGCCGUGGUGCUGAAGCACUCGGCCAUCUUCCCCGACCACGAGCGCGCGGUGGGGGAGCUGGCGCUGGAGCUGGGCUUCACACAGGUCUCGCUCUCCUCCUCCAUCAUGGCCAUGGUGAAGAUGGUGCCGCGGGGAUACACCGCGGCCGCCGAUGCCUACCUCACGCCCCACAUCCUCAGGUACAUCCAGACUUUCCAGGCUGGCUUCGAUGCGGGCAUCCAGGACACCCCCGUGUACUUCAUGCAGUCAGACGGUGGGUAUGUCGGGUAUGCGCUGACCACGCAGUGGGAGGGUGUGGACCCCGCCUCCCUCCAGCUCAUCGGCUUCGACAUGGGCGGUACCAGCACCGACGUGUCGCGCUACGCGGGCACCCUGGAGCACGUCUUUGAGAGCACCACCGCCGGGGUCACGAUCCAGGCGCCCCAGCUGGACAUCAACACCGUGGCGGCGGGGGGCGGCUCGCGCCUCUUCUUCGAGUCGGGCGUCUUCCGCGUGGGACCCGAAUCCGCUGGCGCUCACCCGGGUCCCGUCUGCUACCGCAAGGGCGGGCACCUGGCCAUCACUGACGCCAACCUGACGGAGGACCAGCCCCUGGACCUGGACGUCGCUAGGACAGCCCUGGCAGCGGUGACGGAGCAGGUGAAUGCGCACGGCGCGGCCGCCGGCGCGCCGCCCAAGUCGGUGGACGAGGUGGCGGUGGGCUUCCUGCGUGUGGCCAAUGAGGCCAUGUGCCGCCCCAUCCGCGCGCUGACUCAGAUGAAGGGGCACGACGUUUCCCGCCACGUCCUCGCCUGCUUCGGCGGCGCAGGCGGGCAGCACGCCUGCGCCAUCGCCGUCGCCCUCGGCAUCCGAACCGUCUUUGUGCACCGCUACUCCGGCAUCCUCUCCGCCGUCGGCAUCGGGCUGGCCCAAGUGGUCAAGGAGGCGCAGGAGCCGACGGCAACCUCGCUGAGCGAGGAGUCGCUGGCGCAGCUGCACCAGCGCUUGGACGCCCUGGAGGCCGAGGUGACGGGGCAGCUGGAGGCGCAGGGCUUCGGCCGGGGUCAGAUUGAGUGCGAGAGGUACCUCAACCUGCGGUACAGCGGGACGGACGUGCCGAUCAUGACCCUGACCCCCGAGGAUGGCAACUUUGCCGCCGCGUUCGAGGCGGGAUACAAGCGUGAAUUUGGAUUUGUGCUGGAGGGCCGGGACAUCGUGGUGGAUGACGUGAGGGUGAGGGGCGUGGGGACCUCUUCCGCAGCCCAGGCUGCCCACCCCACGCCAGAGCGCAAAGACGAGGUGCCCACCCCCGACGCCGUCGUGUCUGCCUACUUUGAGAUUGGGGGCCGGCAGGACACGCCCGCCUUCCUGCUGGGCCGGCUGGCACCGGGGCAGCGGGUGCCCGGCCCAGCUAUCCUCAUCGACGACAUCAGCACGAUCGUGGUUGAGCCGGGGUGCGCCGCUUUCCUCACCGCGGCGGGGGACGUGAGGAUCAGCAUCGGGGACGAGGCGGUGGGCGCGGGGGGCAAGCAGGGCUUGUCCCUGGAAGCAGACCCCAUCCAGCUGGCCGUGUUCUCCCACCGAUUCAUGGGCAUUGCGGAGCAGAUGGGGCGCGUCCUGCAGCGCACCUCCAUCUCGGUCAACAUCAAGGAGCGCCUAGACUUCUCCUGCGCGCUGUUUGACCCCGAGGGCCGCCUGGUCAGCAACGCGCCCCACCUACCCGUGCACCUCGGUGCAAUGUCUGAGGCGGUCCGUUUCCAGAUUGGGUACUACGCGCCAGACGGCGAGGGGUGCAGACUGCAUGGACCCCUGGAGGAGGGCGACGUGGUGAUGGCCAACCACCCUCAGCUGGCGGGUGGCUCCCAUCUGCCCGACAUCACGGUCAUCACCCCCGUGUUCAAUGAGGGCAAGGUCGUCUUCUUUGUCGCCUCACGCGGGCACCAUGCAGAUAUCGGGGGCAUCUCCCCGGGGUCAAUGCCCCCACACUCCCACCUCCUGGUGGAGGAGGGUGUGGCCGUGGUUUCAUACAAGCUCGUCUCCCACGGCAGGUUCAUGGAGGAAGGGCUGCGGGAGCUGAUGCUGGCGCCCGGGACGCGACCCGGCGACCCCCCGGGGGUUGUGGGCUCCCGCAACCUCUCCGACGUGGUCUCCGACCUGAAGGCCCAGGUGGCGGCGAACACGCGCGGCAUCGCGCUCGUGCGCUCGCUGAUCGGCGAGUACACGCUGCCCGUGGUCGGCGCCUACAUGGCCCACAUUCAGGCAGCGGCCGAGGCGGCUGUGCGCGACAUGCUCCGCGCCUUUGCCGCCACGCAGGGCCUGGGCGAAGGAGGAGUCGUGACCGCGCGCGACUCCAUGGACGACGGCACGCCCAUCUGCCUGGCGGUGCGCGUGGAUGCGGCGGCGGGGUCGGCGGUCUUCGACUUCACGGGCACGGGCGCCCAGGUGUGGGGCAACACCAAUGCGCCCCCGGCCGUCACCGCCUCGGCCAUCAUCUACGCGCUGCGCUGCAUGGUCACGCGCGACAUACCGCUCAACCAUGGCUGCAUGGCACCAAUCCAGGCGGGGGUGGUGGGCGGGAACGUGCUCACCAGCCAGCGCGUGACAGACGUGGUGCUCAAGGCCUUCCAGGCCGCGGCAGCCUCCCAGGGAUGCAUGAACAACUUCACGUUUGGGGACGAGGGGCUGGGCUACUAUGAGACGGUGGCCGGCGGUGCGGGCGCCGGGCCAGGCUGGCACGGGCGAUCCGGGGUGCACACCCACAUGACCAACACGCGGAUCACCGACCCCGAGAUUCUGGAGCGUCGGUUUCCGCUGGUCCUGCACCGCUUCUGCCUCAGACCAGGCACCGGUGGCGAGGGCAUGUGGCGCGGCGGCGAUGGCGUGGAGCGGGAGAUCGAGUUUCUGCGUCCCCUCACCGCCUCCAUCCUCUCCGAGCGACGUGCGCUGGCCCCUUUUGGCAUCCUGGGUGGCAGGCCUGGGGCCCGGGGCGUCAACCUGUGGCAACGCCGCGACGGCACCACCGUCAGCCUGGGCGGCAAGGCCACCGUCCAGGCCCAGGGCGGCGACCGCAUCCGCCUCCUGACCCCGGGCGGGGGGGGCUACGGCCCUCCGGAGGACGAGGCCGACCCCACCGCCGCGCUGGGUCGCGCGGUGGGCGACAUUCCCCGGCCGCGCCUGGCGGGCGGCAGCCUGGCAAAGUACCACGCGGACCAGCACUCUGCGUGA